GUUAGUCAAGUUCAGUGCUAGAUUUUAACCAUGAGAGCAACGUUCACUCUCGUCGAACUAUUAUUUCUGUUGUUUCCUCUUCCGUCCGCGUUAUCAAUCCAAGUGAAAUCAGACCAGCAUAGGUACGCAUGCGGUCGGCGGCCAAUCAACGGAGUAGGAGUCAUCACUUCUGGGCAAUCGACCUGGCCAGGGCAGUUCCCAUGGCACGCAGCACUAUUCCGAACGAAAGGGCUAGGAAGCGAAUACAUCUGCGGAGGAUUCAUCGUUACUGAUCGCAUUGUCCUUACUGCCGCCCAUUGCGCUACGGCCACCAAUGGAUAUCAGAUUGCUCCUAGCAGUGUUUCCGUACGUUUGGGGUUGUUCGAGCUGCUUAGCAUGACGAAAAACACACAAGAACAUCGUGUUGAAAGAAUCUAUCGACAUCAUGACUAUAACGCAAGUUCCUAUAGGCACGACAUUGCACUGCUGCUAUUGCGAACGAUAUUGGAGUUCAACGAUUAUGUUCAGCCGAUUUGUUUGUGGGAGGACGGAAAGUAUGGACCUGGAGAUAACCUUGUCGGUAUAGUGUCAGGAUGGGGAAUAACAGAGUACGACAUGUUGGCAGAUGAGCUCAAGUCGGCCAGGUUGCCCAUGGUUAGUGUUUUGGAGUGCCUGGAAAGCGAUCGAGAUUUAUUCUCACAAGCAAUUUUCGACGGAAUGUUCUGCGCUGGACUCACAAACACCACAAACGUAUGCAAUGGAGACAGUGGCGGUGCCUUUGCCAUAGACAUCAAUGGAACCUGGGCUGCACGAGGAAUAGUGUCGUUCACGGGGCUGAGAGAUUCGUCCGUAACGCUGUGCAAGGCGGAAAGCCUAGCCGGUUUUGUCAACAUCCCUCGAUACGUGGGCUGGAUUGAAAGGAUGGUAAACAAAGAUCGCUUUCUACCAAUUGAAUCCUCCUCAGACAAUAGCGAUGAAAAAUCGUAUUCUAGGCCCAACAGCGCGGUGACACCCACGACAACAACGUCGUCAAUCAGCAUCAGUGAGAAAAAGUGUGUCCAGUAUCACAACAAAUCGAAGACAAAAUUCCAAGAAUUGUCCUAUUUGGCAUACGUUUCAGAGGGUUCCCCAUUCAUGCGUAAGAUUGAUUGUUUCGCAGUAUUGAUAAGUGAGCGUUUCCUCCUAGCAAAGGCUGACUGUUAUUCACCUCUAGCCUCGCAUUCCACAAAAUCAGGACCCAAGCAAUUUGUUAUUGUCGAAUCGGAAGGCCGGGCACUGCAGUACAGAAUAGAAGGCUUCCACCGGCAUCCAAGCUAUUCGCACAACCCAUCCGAAAACAACCUCGCGCUAAUUGAGCUGAACCGAGACGUAUCACUUCCCAGCAGCCAGUUUGUCUGCCUAUGGAGCCGCGGAGAGUUGGAUCUAGGUAAAAUAUUUCUUUACUCGGCGAUGACUGAUUCGGGCCGACCACCAUCAACGGAUUCAUCGGUAAAAUGCUUCAAUCAGCUACUGGCGCCAUCCAUUAUGAUAGAGCGAGAUUACUACCAUUUGGUUGGCAUUGUGAUUAACAGCACGUGCACGACGAUAAGAUUUAUUAAGCUUCCGAAAUUUGUGCCAUGGAUUGAAAGUAUUGUGUGGAAGAGAGAUUGAUAAAUGGAGCUUUUUUCCAGUGGUAGUAUAAUGUGAAAGAUAAAUCUAGAUUGACGAUU